UUUGCUUACUUUGUGGUUUGUAUUUGUUUGGGAAGGAAGUUUGGCGAUUGUGCGGCUCCUGGGACACACUCAGCUUUUGAGACACAAUGGUUUCUGGGAACAGGAUCCUGUUCCUUUGCUUGGCAUUAUUUCUUUGGAGAAAUGCUAAUGGACUUGGAGUCUGGCAAAACAGACCUGCUAACUACUGGCAAAGUGGUGGUGUUUCCAAAAGCUUUGGAGAUGCAGUCCUUUCCCCUGCCCAGCAAGGCUUCAGCAGCUCUGCAAGUGGAGUACAAACUGCAGUGGGUGACGUUGGUUCUGCUCAGCCUCUGACUACUUCUGGUAGGGGAGACUCUGUUGCUAAUGUUCCUGGAUUCCUAAGGCAGUACACAAUUUCCCAAGCCCAGAAUGUCCUCAGCCCUCAGAGCACUGCUAACCAGGCUUCCUGUGGAUUUCAGAACCAAUUAGUGAGUAGUCCAGUCUCUUCAGCCCCAAGUUCAGCUAGCCAGUCUCUUUCCUCUCAGCAGAGCAGCUUGCAGUUUGCAUCUCCAGGCCAAGCAACUUCUUCUCUGCCUCAGAGCUUUACAGCUAAUUAUGUCUUUGGCACCCAGACCCAGCCAUCAAGCCCUGGCACAGUAUCCCUGAGUGUGGCAAGUGACUUCCCAACCACCUCCCAGCAAGCUAGCUCUGGUUCCCAGUCAGCAGUAGGUACACUGUAUGCUCAACCUUCAAACUGGUAUUCCUUUACACUGGGUCAGGCACCUUCCCAAUCUGCUACUGCCUCAUACAAGCCUGUGUCUCAAUCCCAGAGUUCAGCCAGCCAGUCUUCUGCCUUGCAGCAAAGCAGCUUAAGCUCCUCAAGUCAGGUCACUACUUCUGUAAGUCAGAGCCUUCCAUCUAGUUAUGUCUCUGGAAUUCAGGCACAAUAUUCAAGCCCAGUGACCUCAACCCUGAGUUUAGCAAGCAACCUGCCCACAAGCUCCCAACAAGCUAGCUCUGGUUCACAGUUAGCAACAGGUACACUGUAUGGUCAGCCAUCUAGUUGGUUUUCCUCUACACAGGGUCAAAGUUUUCAGACUGCUUCCCAGUUUGGUGCUUCCCCAGACAGAUCUGCAUCCUCCUCACAAGGUUCAGUAAGUCUGUCUAGUUCUACACUUCAAACGCCUUCCCAGUUUCAGGCUACCCCAUACAAACCUGUAUUUACAUCCCAGGGUUCAGCUAGUCAAUCCCUUACAUCACAGCAGAGCAGCUUGCAAGUAACCUCUCCAAGCCAGGGAGUUUCUUCUCAGCCUUUGACCCAGACCCAGCCAUCAAGACCUGUGACCGUACCCCUGAGUGUAGCAAGUGAGUUCCCCACAACCUCCCAGCAAGCUAGUUCUGUUUCUCAAUCAGCAGCAGGUACACUAUAUGGUCAGCCCUCUAGCUGGUAUUCCUUUACUCAGGGUCAGACACCUUCCCAAUCUGUUACCACCUCAUACAAACCUGUGUCUCUGCCCCAGGGUUCAGCUAGCCAGUCUUUUGCCUCACAGCAAAGCAGCUUGCAGUUAGGCUCUCCAAGCCUGGGCACUGCUUCUGUUCCUGCAAUCCAGAUGCAAUCUUCAAGCCCAGUGACCUCAACCCUGAGUUUGACAAGCAACCUUCCCACAAGCUCCCAGGCCCAAACUAGCUAUGUGUCCCAGUCAGCAACAGAUCCACUCCAUGGACAUGCCUCUAGCUUGUAUUCCUCUACGCAAGGCCAGGGUGUUCAGAUUGCAUCCCGGUCUGCAGAUGCCCCAAACACCCUUGGAGUAGCUGUAAUUGGUGUGUAUACUGCCGGACCAGCUCAGUGGUAUAGGGUAGAUCCUUUUGGCCGGACUAGCCAAAUCAACGUGCUGCCGUCCCCAUCUCAGGCCACAGGGAGUCUAGGUAGCCAGGCAGCAUCAAGCAGCUCUACCACUACAUCUCAAAGCCAAAGCACCACAGGGUCUGUUGGGUUUGGCUUCCAAAGCCAGAGUGCACCAGCUUCAACUGUAUCUCUGACCCAGGGUGCUGCCCAGCUUCCAACCUUGACCCAGGGUGCUGCCCAGCUUCCAACCUUGACCCAGGGUGCUGCCCAGCUUCCAACCUUGACCCAGGGUGCUGCCCAGCUUCCAACCUUGACCCAGGGUGCUGCCCAGCUUCCAACCUUGACCCAGGGUGCUGCCCAGCUUCCAACCUUGACCCAGGGUGCUGCCCAGCUUCCAACCUUGACCCAGGGUGCUGCCCAGCUUCCAACCUUGACCCAGGGUGCUGCCCAGCUUCCAACCUUGACCCAGGGUGCUGCCCAGCUUCCAACCUUGACCCAGGGUGCUGCCCAGCUUCCAACCUUGACCCAGGGUGCUGCCCAGCUUCCAACCUUGACCCAGGGUGCUGCCCAGCUUCCAACCUUGACCCAGGGUGCUGCCCAGCUUCCAACCUUGACCCAGGGUGCUGCCCAGCUUCCAACCUUGACCCAGGGUGCUGCCCAGCUUCCAACCUUGACCCAGGGUGCUGCCCAGCUUCCAACCUUGACCCAGGGUGCUGCCCAGCUUCCAACCUUGACCCAGGGUGCUGCCCAGCUUCCAUCCUUCACUGCUGCCAACCCCUCUGCCUCUGUGUCUCAGCCAUCCCAGGGGGAGCAGAGCUCAUGGAGAUCUUCAGGUGUGUCUACAUCCUUUGGCCAAAGCUCUUCUGGACAGGUUGCCCCUGUAGCCACUACACAACAGUUCUCCUCUGGAUGGCAAGGCCCUGUCUUUUCUGGCACUUUCCCCUCCCAAUCUGCAAGCACCUCGCCAAGCUCUGGCAGCUAUGGAUCUACAUUUCAAAGCAGAGCAACCCAGGUAGGAAGCUUUGACCAGUUCAGCCAAGUAAGCAGCCCUCUAUCUGUAGCCUCCACAUUCACUAAAGGUAUCCCAACCAGCUUUGGACUUCUGCAAGGCUACAGCAGCCAGCCUAUUGACUUCAGACCUGCCACCCAGAGAGGCAGUGACUUUUUGGUCAAUUAAUAAUUGAUGGCAUGUGUGUAUGCAAGUUUAACUUUUGUAUGAAGAAUUUGUAAUAAAAAAUAUAUUGUCAUUUAAA